UCUAGAUUAAUAAUUUUGUGUUAAUAUAUAUGUCGUAGUACAUGUAUAGCAUUAAUUCAUAUUAUGCAAUAAAAUAGACUGUAUAUAUAGCAAUUGCUAAUAAAUUAUAAUCGUCACGUUCUCAUUCUCAUCUACAAAUUUUUCUAUUAUUUGCAAAAAAUGUGACUGCGGUUUAAUCGUCAUCGUUGUUGCGCAUGAACAGAGUUGUACGUGCAUCGAUGUGUGAGUGAAUAUCAUACAUAUAAGCACAAAUACAACAUUCAUGCCUCAGAAAGUGGUGCGAGGUGUGCGGUAGACACUCGUUUGAAAUUUUCGGAGUACAUUGCAAGUCGUAAGGGGUCACGAGAAAAGUGAAAAUGGAAGCAAAACCAAAGUUGACCCAGGAAGCUGCCUGGAAAAAAUUGAACGAAUAUUACAGCAACAAUGGUGCUAAAAUCAACAUUAAUAAACUGUUUGAAGAAGACCGCGGUCGCUUCGAUAAGAUGAGUUUGACAAUUUCCACACCUGAAGAUGGACCUAUUCUUAUUGAUUAUUCAAAAAAUCGUGUCAACGAUGAAGUUCUCAAUUUAUUGUUUCAAUUGGCUAAGGCUCGUAAAGUUGAAGAUGCUCGAGAUGCAAUGUUCACUGGACAAAAAAUUAAUUUCACAGAAGGUAGAGCUGUGCUCCAUACUGCCCUUCGAAAUCGAGCCAAUACUCCUAUCAUGGUCGAUGGAAAAAAUAUUAUGCCUGAUAUAAAUGCAGUUUUAGCUCACAUGAAGCAAUUCACCAAUCAGGUCAUUUCCAAACAAUGGAAAGGUUUCACUGGCAAGCCUAUUGAAGAUGUUAUUAACAUUGGUAUUGGUGGGUCUGACCUGGGACCUCUUAUGGUAACAGAAGCUUUAAAACCAUAUCAUAUUGGACCAAGAGUUCAUUUUGUCAGCAAUAUUGAUGGAACUCAUAUAGCUGAAACACUGAAGAAGCUCAAUCCUGAAACAGCUCUCUUCAUCAUUGCAUCAAAAACUUUCACAACUCAGGAAACAAUCACCAAUGCUACUUCUGCUAAGAAAUGGCUUCUUGAGCAUAUGAUGCAGAAUGAUUCUGCUGUGGCUUCUCAUUUUGUAGCCUUAUCUACAAAUAACCAGAAAGUCAAAGAAUUUGGUAUAGAUGAAAAGAACAUGUUUGGUUUUUGGGAUUGGGUUGGAGGAAGAUAUUCUCUGUGGUCUGCUAUUGGUUUAUCAAUUUCACUAUCUAUUGGCUUUGAUAACUUUGAAAAGCUUCUGGAGGGAGCUUUCUUUAUAGACCAACAUUUUCAAACAGCUCAGUUAGAAAAAAAUGCUCCAGUGAUUCUUGCUUUACUGGGAGUUUGGUAUCACAAUUUUUACAAUGCUGAAACUCAUGCAUUGUUGCCCUAUGAUCAAUAUCUUCACAGAUUUGCUGCUUACUUCCAACAAGGAGACAUGGAAAGUAAUGGAAAAUAUGUGACCAGGUCUGGAGAAGUUGUAGAUUAUUCAACAGGACCUAUUGUUUGGGGAGAACCUGGAACUAAUGGGCAACAUGCAUUUUAUCAAUUAAUCCAUCAAGGCACCAGACUCAUUCCAGCAGAUUUUAUUGCACCUGCACUAUCUCAUAACAAGUUUGAAAAGGACUUGCAUCAUAAAAUUCUUCUUUCCAACUUCUUAGCACAAACUGAAGCUUUAAUGAAAGGAAAAUCUCCAGAUCAAGCUCGAGAAGAGCUUAAAAAAUCUGGAUUGAAUGCUGAUCAAGUCGAAGCAUUACUCCCACAUAAAGUUUUUGAAGGAAAUCGACCAACAAAUAGCAUUCUUGUAAAAAAGCUCACUCCAUUUAUUUUGGGAGCAUUGAUUGCUAUAUAUGAACAUAAAAUCUUUGUACAAGGUAUCAUCUGGGAUAUUAACUCCUUUGAUCAAUGGGGUGUUGAAUUGGGAAAACAGUUAGCUAAAGCAAUAGAACCUGAAUUGAACAAUGCUGAUAAGAUUACCAGUCACGAUUCAUCUACAAAUGGACUAAUAGCUUUUAUCAAGGCUCACAGCGCUUAACUUUUGUUUGAUCAACAAAGCACCAAUUUGGAAAAAACAAAAAUCUGUGAGGUUUUAAACGUCGCUCUUUAAUGAAAUUUAGCUACAUCUGGAAAGCGUUAUCAAUGACUUAUUAGCCUUUUAUAAAAGUUAGACUUGCAUGUUCUUUUUAUGUCGUACUAGUACUCUUGUGCUUUGAAACUCAAUUGGUGACUAAGUUACACUUGCAAUUCAUUGCAGUGUGCUUAUGAUUACUUAUACUAUAUAUUAUAGUUCGUGUAGAUUGCAAAUUAUUUAUGAAAAAUUCUAAUAAUUAAAUUUCAGAGAAAUUUCAAUAAUUGUAAAUGCUAAAAGCAAUAUUAAUUAGCAUUGAAAUGUCGAUUUGUGGAAAAAAAAUUUGUUUUUUUUUGCUCCAUUUCAUUGAAUUUUCUGAUUGUACAAAAGAAAGCCAUCUAUUCUUUUUUAUGUUUUAUAAAAAAUAUCCGUAUUAUGCUCAUUUUGAUACAUAUCUUUCACAAAUCAAACGCUAUUUUAUCUGAUUGAUAAAUUUUAUUGUACUUCAUUACACUAGAUUAGCGGUGCUAUAAUCUACAACACUAUUGAAUU